AUGCCUUCACCAAAUGAAUUGAGAGUCUCUUUGGAGCUACUUCCUUUGGAUCUAUUGAAACAGGUUUUAUCUCACCUCCAAAUAUGUGACUUCACACAUCUACUCGAUAAAGCAGAGCGUUCGUUUUUGCAACAGAAUCCCAAGUUGAAAUAUAGCAUUGAGCAGGUGAUCAAACAUGAUCUGGAGAUACGAUUGAACCAUACUUCAGCUGCUUCAAUUUUGAAUGAUUUGUUUUUCCUUGAGGAUAGGAGCGUUGCGAACAAAGCAAGCAUCAAAACAAGCACACAGCUCCUUGAUAUUCACAACUACUGCAUUGAUGAAUCUAUUGCGGCUACUUUUAGUAUCACCUACAAUUUUUUCAAGUUGAUUGAUGUGUUGGAUUUUCAACGGUUAUUUGAGAGAUUGCAGCCAGCUCAAGGUAUUAAAUACGCGAUACAAAUUGUAUUUAAGGACCAGUUUUGUUACAAGGUUAAUAUGGAUCAUUUACAAAACCUACUUGCAAAGGUAAAAGAUCACGUGUAUUUGUUUGCAAUUGAAGUUGAAGAAAAUUCGGCCGAGAUCAGCGGGGGAGUCAAUACAGAAUUUUUUAAAAAUCUUGAGAUUUUGCGGUUAAAUAAUUUCUCUGCUAUUGGGUUUUUCUCAAAUUGCACCAAGUUGCGAGAGCUUGUGUACGUACCGAAGUCAGCUAAGGAGGUUUUUGAUAUUGGACAACUUCCACAAUCAUUAAAGCGUCUUCAGUUAGGAUAUUUCUCUGACCUACUUUGGCCUGAGAAGAUAGAUCAUUGGGCAGAAUGUCCUUCUUUAGAGAGCAUCGUGUUGCGAUUUGCUCCUUGUCGUCAGCAACAAAAAUUGCCGACAAGUUUUGCUAAAGUAUUAAAAUACAUGACGUGUCGCGACACCAAAGCAGUUGAAUUUGAAGGAAACGAGCAAGACGACGGUUAUGGUAAGGAAUUUUGGAAACUAUUGAGAGCUGCUUCUCGGGAGAAACACUUUGCAUUAGACUCUUUGACUGUUCAACUUAUAAUAUCAUCUCCAAUAGAAACAUAUCCUCUCACAGAUUUGGAUAUAGUGGCAAUUAAAAAUCCCCAAGUGUUAUCACUGUUUAAAUCUCCGGAUACAUUGAAGUCAUUGAGAAUUGCUUGGGUGGUUGAAUGUGAUACAUCAGACUUGUUCAAAUCAUUGCCACUCGGUUUAAAGCGACUCAACUUGCGCGGCUCAAAUAUAUAUUGGAGUAAUUCCGAUUUGAACUUUGCCAAGUUCGUAAACUUAAAGGAGCUUGUGUUGUCACGUACUAAGCUCGGCAAAACUUUCAACUUUUGUUUGUUUCCUGAUUCGAUAGAGUUGUUGAAGUUGGACGAUAACGGCAUUGGUUCGGUUGAUAAAUUCACAUUUCCAAAGCACUUGAAAUUCUUGAGCAUUCUGACGAAUGGAAUCAGCAGACUUUGUAAUCCAGGGUUUCCCUCAACCCUCAAAGAGCUAAAUGUAUCUAAUAACAAAUUGGAACAAAUUGAUAUUUCCAAAAAUAGUGUUGGCGAGACAUUGCAGAUUGAUGUGUUGUACUUUGAAGGCAACAAAUGUGAAGUAAAGGAUUUGUCCUGUUCAAAGCUCCCACAAAAUCUUAGAGGGUUGUCAUUUGAAGAUUACAAGCAGUGUCACUCCAACUAUAGUUUUGGUAACAGGUUGGAAUAUUUGCGAAUGACGGAGACUAACCUUUGCCAGUUAAAGCAAAUGUCAUUUGGUAACUUUGCCACUCUUAAAUUCUUAAACUUGUCAGAGUGUAACUUAUCGAAUUUCAAUGUUGACGUACCAGAAACAGUCGUAGAAAUCGAUGUUUCAGCUAACAAAAUUUCCGAGUUCCCGCCACAGCUAUGCAAGUUGAAGAAUUUACGAAUGUUGGAUAUGUCAUUUAAUGAAAUCGGCAAACUUAAAGUUGAAUUUCAGUACAGCACAAUUGAGGCUUUAAAUUUAUCAAACAACGGUAUAAGUGAAGUUGAAAUGCUGUUUCCCAAGACCGUGACCAACCUUAAACAUCUUGAUUUGAGUAGCAAUAUGUUGAAAAAGCUUUCAAUGAAAUCGAUUGGCCAAACUGAGAAAACUUUGCAUGGUAAUUUGUACGAGUUAGCACUUUCUUGUAACGGGAAAAUGAAGAACGAUAAAGUCGCCGCGUUGAUUAAAGAAUUACCUCAAUCAUGCGAAUGUUUUUGGCUUGAUACGUAUAAAGAUUCCGAAAACACUGAAAUUGAUGUUUACAAUUACUAUGUGUCGAAUGAAAUACCCGGUAAGUUGGUUAACAACAAGGAUACGUCAAAAUGCAGAAGGAUCUUCGGCAAUACGCUAGUGAUGGGGUUUUCUCCAGAGAAAAACGACCCUAGCUUGAUUAAGCGGGCACUAAUUUUCACCGUGGGGCAAACGUAA